AUGAAAAGAACUCAAGAUCUAUCGCUACUACCAAUAAAACGAACGGCUAUUGACUGUUCCGGACGUCUCGGUUCAUUGUACGAUGCAUGUGAAGACCAGCCACUUCGAACAUUGGACGUAAAUUUUCAACAACCCUUUAUUGAAUUCCAUGCAAAAGCACAAUGUAUCCUUGAAAGUGGGGAUAAAAAUGCCCAACGAAAUCUUCUUGAAUUGAUUCAUAUCGAUGAACAAUUGCGAUUGAGUCUAUUGCUUGGUUUAACAUCAAAAACUGGAAUAGCAACAUUAGUUGAUUAUCCACAUACGAUAAAUGAGUACACUCGAGUUUUACAUUAUUAUUAUAUUCAUCGAGAAGAACGAUUUCCUGAUGAAGUACAAAAAAUACGAGAUCGACCUGAAACUGGCCUAUCGAAAACGAAUGCUACUCAUAUUGUUACUGGCGUGAGUUGGGGUGUCGAUAUUGUUGUUAUUUUACAACUUCCACCUGAAUAUGAUGUCGCCAAAAGAAUUGAUAGUGUAUUAGAAAAAUACCGAGCAUAUCUAAAUGGUGAUUCGAAUGAUUUUAAAUUAACACGAGAAGAUCUCGAUUCGAAUAGGCACAUUAUUGAUACAAAAAUUUAUUCGAAUAUUCCAGCUGUAACCGAAAUGACAGCUUUACAUAAUGUUUUUCACACUAUAUCCCGAUUAAAAGCGGAUGAUACUCAAUAUCGGCAAUUAUCUUAUAUUCUCUAUCCUAUAUCAAACUCAAAUUACAUUCCUCUAGAUCGGGUACACAAUGCUCACUUUGAACAAUAUGUAUCGGAAUUAAUAACUUCGAUGAAAACAAUCGAAACGUGCUUCAAUGAAGAUAUGCCACGGCUUCUACGCGGACAUUUAACAGAACGUUUUUCACACGCAUACAGACAAUGGUUAACAUUGAAAGAUGAAUAUGCGAAUCUCAUGGAACGAUUUUCUAAGUUAAUAGUUGAACUUCGUUGCGGUUUAAAUCAAACUUCUGCACUCGAUAGACUUCUCGGUCAACAAGCACAAAUAAUAUUAAAAAAUAAUAUAACAAAUUUAUAUCAAAAUGUAACGGAGCUAAAUAGAAAAGCACACUUAAUAACUGAUUUAAGUCAUGAAAGUAUACAAUAUUGUAAUGUCAUGGAACUCAAAAUUGAUAAGAACGAUAAUGAAGAUACGCUUAAACGUAAACUUGUGAUCGAUGAAAACAUCGAUCGAGUUCUCUGUUCCAAUGAUUUAUUGAAUAAGAAAAAUCCGGCGCAACUAAAAAAACUACGUCAUUAUUUAAUUGAAGAACUUGAAAAUAAUUUUAAACUAAAACUUAUCUAUGCUGAUUUUUCCGGUUGUACAUAUGAAUUACGUGAUAUGAUGCUUUUACCAUCGAUUCAAAAUGAUACCAGGAAAAAAUAUUCAAAAUUUAGAGAUCUUUCAAUAUCGGCCGAUAAUAACACUUCAAUAUCAUCGUUACGCAAAACACAUAAACAUGCGCCAUUGUCAGCUUCAAAAUUAUCGAUGAAUGAGACUAUCAAUGUUCUUCUUCUUGGUGAGACUGGCGUCGGUAAAUCUACUUUCAUUAAUGCUUUGGUUAAUUAUCUGACAUUUAAAACAAUCGAUAAAGCUAAAUCCGAGAAGCCCAUUGUAGCUAUACCUACAACGUUCACUACGACCACUCGUGAUAAUUUUCAAGAACAUACAGUUAAAUGUGGUGAUUUCACUAAGUCGACGAAUGAAAAUUUUCGAUAUCCUGGCCAAUCUAUUACUCAACGUUGCCGUUCACAUAUUUAUAAUUUUCAUAAUAAUGAUGGAACAAAACUACGUAUUAUUGAUACGCCUGGCUUCGGCGACACACGUGGUCUACCACAAGAUAAUCGUCAUAUGCAACGGAUUUUAGAUUAUAUAAAAAAAUUCAAAUACUUUAAUGCAAUAUGUAUAUUUCUCAAGCCAAAUGAAUCAAAAUUAAAUACAUAUUUUCGAUCGUGUCUUACUCAAUUAUUCAAUGCAGUAGGUCCCGAUGCUCGUCAAAAUAUUGUCUUCUGCUAUACGAAUGCUCGAGCGACAUUUUAUGCACCAGGAAGUACAGGUCCACUAUUGAAACAGGUCAUUUCUUCAUUGUCGGUUGGUGAUAUUCCAUCGAAGAGAAAGAAUACAUUCUGUUUCGACAAUGAAUCAUUUCUCUAUUUAGCUGCACUGCAAAAUAAUGUUCCAUUCAAUGAUCAAGAAAAACGAGAAUAUGAAGCGAGCUGGUCGAAUUCCGUAACUGAAGCUAAUCGAUUUAUUCGGUAUAUUCGUAGAAAACUUCCGGUAUAUUAUAUACCAGAUGAAUCCGAAUUAAUCAGAUCUGCUGAAAUAGAAAUCGUUCAAAUGAUUCAUUCCAUGUUAGAAACAAUGAGAAGUCUGCUUCGAAAGAUUAUACGUUGUAAAAUGAAUCUUUUUAAAGUAUCAUUUGAAUCUGAUUUAAACGACGUCGAUUCAAGUGAAACAAAAAAUAAUCAUCAUCAUCAUAGAUUACAAUAUUCGCCUCCGCCUCAGCAAACAAUUCCAAUUGAUUUUUUUGAAGAUUAUAGAAUUGCGAACAGCCCAUCCAGUAAAAUGCAAGAUGAUACUAUCGAUCAACUAACACUACUUUGUCAUGUCAGUGUUGAAUUUUCUUAUUUUCUAUUACGUAUUGCGCAUUAUUCUCAAAGUGAUCCGUUUUUAAAUGGUUUCAUACGAAUGAUCAACGAAGAAAAUAUUAUUUGUGAAAGUCGAAAUCGAAAUUAUGUUAAUUUACAAUUAGUAGAAGGUUUAAAAACAUUAGCAAAUAAUUAUAAACAACGAAUAGAAGCAACGAAAUCAAGUCCAAAACAAAAUAUUCUUCUAAUUAUUUCUCAAUGGAUAAAAUAUAUGCUCGACUAUCCACUAAUAUCGGAAUAUACGAUUGACAAUAUUCGAGAGAGUCUAAACAUUGACAAUAGAAUAACAUCUAUAUCGAAUCCGUGUCGGCUGUAA